AUGGAGAACAUGGACACGCAGUCACUCCAAUACAAGGGGAAUGUGGAGAUCAUAACAGAAAAAGGGAAAGACAAUAGAGCCACAUUAUUUUCUUUCCCAGGAACUGUGUGGAUGCAGAAUAUUUUGAGCUUGAUUUAUUAUGAAGGCCAUCGGGAUGGAACAGCAAAAACUGAAACAAUUGACAGAGUUCCAUGGCUAGAGUACAAUUCCAAUAAAAUGGAUUAUGGCAGUCGUCCAUCACCACGUCUCUUUUCCACUCACCUGCAUUACUAUUUAGCUCCAAGAGAUCUGAGAAACAAAGGAUGGUGAUGCUAAUUUUACAAAGUUAUUCAUGUAGCCAGAAACCCUACGGAUGUUGCGGUUUCCUAUUUUCGUUUUAGCAAGCAUGCAUUCAUAUUUGAGACAGUACCAGAUUUUCAUAUUUUUCUGGAGAGGUUUUUAGCUGGGAAAGUACUUGCUAGCUCCUGGUUUGAUCACAUCAGAGGCUGGUAUGCCUACAGAGUUGAUUACAAUAUUUUCUUUCUUACUUAUGAGGAGAUGAAGAAGGAUCUCAGAAGUGCUGUGCUGAAAAUUUGUGACCUCUUGGAAAAACGGCUGACUGAAAAGGAGUUGGAUGUUGUGGUGGAGAAGGCUGUAUUCAAUAACAUGAAAUCUGAUCCCAGGUCCAACUAUGAGGACAAGACAUGUAUCUUGGAGAAAGGCAGAGAUAAUUUUCUUUGCAGAGGUAAGGCGGAAGCAGCCACUUGUUAUAAAUAUUUAAUCCUGCAGAUCCCGGCACAAGAUGUGUUGAAGCUAACUGCCUAA